GUUUCUAGUACAAAUUUUGAUGACUUGUGGACAAUAGAUUUUUCAAUUUAACAACGAACAGCAAAACUUAUAAAAAUUUUUUAUCUAGUGAUAUUUUGUUUGUUCUUUGUUCGUUCAAAAUGGGCUGCUGAAAAUUAGCCUGUGGACAGUGACGAAGUGUUCGCCUGUGACCGCUUUACCAGGUCAGCACCAUUCGCUAUCCAUCCUCGACUCGUCCAAGGUCGCCGUCCCAACACGCUGAGCUUGCUCGGCGAAAUGGCGGCCUGCAGGCCCUUGCACCUCGAGAUCGCCUCCCGGACGCUUGUCCGGGCCUCGCGCCCACCGCCGGGCUUCCCCGCCGUCCUCGCCGUCUCCAACCUCGACCUCGUCCUGGGCCCCUUCCCCAUAUUCCUCAUCUCCGUCUACUCCGCCCCCACCGCCGGCCUCGACGCGGUCCUCAACGCCGUGCGCGGCGCCUUCCCGACCUACCUCUCCAGCUUCUUCCCCUUCGCUGGGCGCAUCGUGCGGGACCCGGAGACCAAGAUCCCUGAUGUCCAGUGCAAUAACGCCGGCGCCGAGCUCGUCGUCGCCGACGCCGACGUGCCACUCGCGGCCGUUGAUUUCAGGGAGGUCGACCGCUCGCUGGGCCUGAUCCAGAUUCCCUUCGACGCGAGCAUCCCCAUGUCGUUGCAGCUGGUCCGGUUCGCCUGCGGGGGGUUCGCGCUGACGAUUGGCACGACCCACCUCCUCGCCGACGGCAGGGCGUUCACCGUCCUGCUGAGCGCGCUCGCCGAGAUGGUCCGCGACGGCGGCCUCUCCCGUGAGCCCCUGUUUGACCGCUCCCUCUUCAAGCCGCGGUCGCCGCCUUGGUACAGCGCGUCGCUGGACGCCGAGUUCGCGCGGUUCACCCCGCAGACCAUGAUCAACCCCGUCCUGACCGCGGCCAUGAAGCGGCGCCUGUACCGCAUCGAGGCGGCGGACCUCGCCGCGCUCCAGGCCGCGGCGUCCCCGCCCGGCGGCCGGCGCCGCGCCUCGCGGUUCGUGGCGCUGUGCGCGCACGUGUGGAAGCUCCUCGCGCGCGCCGUCGGCGACGCCGACCCGAGCUGCCGGAUGGCGUGGAUCGUGGACGGGCGGAAGCAGGUGGAGCCAUCUGACGGCGCGCUGGACCGGUACAUCGGGAACGUGGUCACCUACACGUCCCGCGAGGCGAGCGUGGCUGAGCUGAUGCGCGCGCCGCUCCACGACGUGGCGGCCGCGGUGCGCGCCGCCAUCGCGGGGGUGAUGACCGCGGCGAGGUUCCAGGAGCUGGCGGACUGGAUGGAGGAGCGGAAAGCGGCGUUCCGCGACGGUGGGAAGUGGACGGAGGAGGUGAACCUGGGGCUCGGGAGCCCCGCGCUCGUCAUGUCCGGGCUGCUCCCGUUCCCCAUCGACGGGGACCUCGGGUUCGGCAAGCCCAGGCUCGUCGUGCCUUGGGUGCGGCACGGCAGGCUGGGCUCCGCGGCGGUGACGGUGGUGCCCAGCCCGAGCGGCGACGGGUCGUGGUUCGUCGGCGCCACGAGGAUGUGGCCGCGGCUGUGGGAGGUAGUCGAAUUCGACCCGUUGCUAAAGCCGGCGGCAGACCUGGGACUGGCGACGCCGGCGGGACCCCGUUUGUGAGACUCUGACAUGGUGGCGUGGCCACUGGCCACUAUGCGAAUUCCCGAAAGGAAAAUGUAUACUCCAUUUUACGUCAUUUUUUUUAGCAAACCGUUUUACGUCAUUCGUAUAGUCAAAAUAGCACUAUACAGUACUAUAUAUAUAUUUUCGAGGAAGCACUAUAUAUAUUUUUAAUAGAAUUGUUUUUGAUUGAAA